GCUCCUGGCCGAGCAUUUCCCAGUCUCGGAUAUGAUGACCUCAGAAGGCACACUGAAGCAGUUCUGGAAUGCCAACGGCAAAAGCUUCAAUUGGAGUGAUCUCCCCACGGAAUUGAAAGAACAUGUCAUUCAGUUCUGCAUCAUUAUGGCUCCAAAGCACCCUGAUCAUUUCCACAGCAACACACGCGUAGACCGACUCAGCAUCAUCGACAAGCACUCCUGCGAGCUGGUUGAUAGACUCAGCCAGUGGAAGUCCCUUUUGCGCGUCUCGACCCAGGUCCGUGCAAUCACACUGCGACUUUGUCACAACGGAAGCUUGGUAAGCUGUGUCCAAACGUUGUACUUGCUUGUACUGACACUAUAACAUAGAUCUUUGACAAAGGCCUUUGCAUGACCAGCUACAGCUUGCCCAACUUUUCGAGUCGAAUCUCCAAGUUGGAGCAUUUCUCUCAGAUUGCGGAGCCAGACAGCGCACCUCUCCAUCCGGAUGGCUCUCGUCAUCUUCUUGCAGUGGUCUACCGAGAUGCUCCGAAGAUCUACCCUGAGCUGAAGCGGUACGGC